CGUUUUCUAAGUUCAUGUUUUCAAAUAUUGGAGAAAUCCAGACGAAUUAAAUCAGUACCCUGCACGAUGAAUUUGCUAUGUUUCGGAUUGGUUUUUGAUGCAUGGUUUCAUGUCUUAGGGCCGACCAACCGACCAGGAAGAGGACUUUGCGUCUCAUCCGCCGCCCUUUGGUGUAUCUCUUCUGCGGCGUUGUGCUCAUGGGAGUGGGGAUGUACUACUUCGCGUUUCCCGAGUCACAAUGGAAUCUUAGUCCGGCGUACUCACGAGAAUUAAAUGCGAAUUACGAAUUCCUGGACUUUUAUGACAAGCACGACAUUUGGCAUUUCUGUUCAGCCAUUGGACUCUAUUGCCUCCUUAUGAUCCUUUUAGGAAUGCGUGACACCGGAAUUUUGGAAAACGUGGGAAUUAGAUUUUGACUUAUGAAGCAAUAAAAUUUUAAGAUUGUUCAUCUUUGAAAUUUUUA